AUGUUAUUAUGUUACAGAAAGGGAACGGAUGAACUGAUGGCCACCUUGAAACGACAUAAUAUUCCUGUAUUAAUAUUAUCAGCUGGCUUAGGAGAUAUUAUCCGAGAAGGGUUUCAUCAGCAAUCGAUGUUCUAUGAAAAUAUGGAAAUAUUGUCAAAUAUGAUGAUCUAUAGUGACGAUGGAAGUCUUAUCGGAUUUCAGGAGGAUGUAAUUCACUCAUUUAAUAAGACUAGAGCUUCGAAACACAAUUCGUCUUAUUUUAAAAAGAACAAAGAACGUUACAAUUUGAUAUUGAUGGGCGAUACGGAAGGUGAUUUGAAUAUGGCUGAUGGUAUUGAUUACUUACGAAAUCAAGUUUCUAUUGGCUUUCUAAAUGCAAAGGUAAAUGUAUAA